AUGUCGUACGUUCUCCCGUGGUCAUCUUUAUUAUUCCCGAUUUUCGAUUUAAUUAGACGUUUGUACGAGAAUCGAACUGGUGACCUUCUGCUUACUAGGCAGACGCUCUGCCAACUGAGCCAAGAAGGCAUUUCAUUUGACAAACGUACCAAUAAUUUGAUUUUAAUACGUUCUCUAAUCACACGCAGAGUCUACAUUACUACUCGUGUUAUAUGUUAUAUUUUCUACAAAGACAUUAUGAGUAAUAUUGACGUCGAAAUUCUUGAACUAGCUGGUGACGAGCAGAGCAAUGACUCACCAGAACAAGAAACCCCCAAAAUAACCGGAAAACGUAAAAAAAGUCCAAGUGAGUCUGAGGGAGAAUCUUCUGAUCACGAAGUUCAGGCACAAGAGGAAAAGCGCAAAUCUAAAAGAAUGAAUGAGGAUAAACCUAUUCUUCCUCAAGAAGAGGAGGACGAUGCAAUGUCUUAUGAUAGUGAUUUAAUGGGCGACGAGGAUGACAGGGAAAGGCUUCUAGAAAUGACUGAAGUGGAACGUGAAAAGAUUCUUUCGGAACGAGCUGAAAGGCGUCAGCAAAAAUAUGAUUUGAAUCUAGUAACAAGAUGGGCAGACAGCGGUCCAAAGAAAGAAGGAGACUCUACGAGAAGAUCUACACGUGCGAAGGAUGGCACGAAAAAGAGUACAAAAUAUUCGGAAUUAAAACGUGCUCGUGAGGAAAAAGGCCAAAAGAAGGCACAAUCAUCUGCAAAUAAUAACAAUGACAAUACUAGCAAUCAUAAACUUGAUUUAUCUGAUCUCGCGGGGCGCCUUUCAAUGAGAGAAUCUUCUCCUCAACCAGAUCGAAUAUUACACCGUGAAUUCAGACAGCCAAAGUUUACAGGAGAUGAACUAAAAUUUGAAGAUUUGAAAUCAAUUCAAAUCACGCGACGGCAAAUUGAGAAAUGGAUGUUUGAUCCGUUUUUUGAGAAAACUGUCAUUGGGUGUUUUGUUCGUCUCCAUAUUGGUAUGAAAGAAAAUGGAACACAAAUAUAUCGAGUUAGGAAACAUCAUCGAAACUAUAAGGUCGAAAAUACUUUGACAAACAAGUCGAUGUUAUUAAGACAUGGAAAGGACCAAAAAGUCUGGACCAUGGACAUCAUAUCAAAUGCAUCCUUUGAGCAGUCUGAAUAUGAUAGGUGGGUUUCCACGAUGAAAUUCUAUGGAAGACCUUUCCCAUCAAAAAAUGAUGUUGAAAAAAGGCGGGAAGCAAUCCAAGAAGCCUAUAAUUAUAACUUAACAGAGGAAGACGUUGCCUCUAUAGUCGCCCAAAAAAACCAACUACGAGGAUCACAAACGAAUCUGGUAGCGGAAAAACAUCAACUACUUACCAGAAGCCAAAUAGCUCAAUCCGAAAAUAAGUUUGCCGAGGUAGCGGAAAUUGCUGCAAAGAUCGAGGAAAUCGAUUCGUAUUUAAAUGAGCAAGCCAAACUGGCCGACAAAAAUCUGUACAAGUGGGCUCAAUUGAAUGAGAAAAAUCGGCGAAAAAAUUUAGAGGAUAGCAGAGCUGCCGAAGCAAGAGCUAAAGCGGAGAAAGCUGCUAAAUUGAAGCUGAAGCGGCGAGUUGAAGAAUUAGGACACGAUACGAGUACAGAAACGGUAGGAGAAAGCUCAACAGCCUCAACAAUCAACCAGCCUUCAAAAUCUCCGUUCCGUCCGAUUGCUCCACCGAUGACUAACCCUAUACACAUCACCGAGGAAGUCUAUCGGAAUUUGAAAGUUCGGAUUGUUGUUAAACAGGAUAAAGAUUAUGAGAAAAUUCAACCUCAAUAUCUUCAAGAAAUGAAAUAUAAAUAUGAGAUCACUGCGAGAAAUUUUAAAUGA